AUGUCCCUGAAGAAAGUCCUCCUCGUUGGCGCCAACGGCAGUCUAGGCUCUGUCCUCCUCGAAGGUCUCGUCGCCUCCAAAUCCUUCGACGUCUCUGUCGCCAGGCGCGAAUCCUCUAAGUCUACCCCCGCACACGCCGACUCUGUCUCUAUCAUCACCAUCCCCGAUGACUUCUCCCUCGAUGGCCUAAUCCCCGUCCUCAAAGGCCAAGACGUCGUUAUUGCUUCAUUCCCCUUGGGAGGUGUCGUCGAUCAUCACCUGCGCCUUGCUGAAGCUUCUGCAAAAGCCGGCGUGAUACGCUUCAUACCCGCCGACUUUGGCAGUUGUGAUGCGCAAAGCGAGCAGGCUAAGAAGUUGUUGCAGCUAUAUCGUGAUAAGGAUCUGGUGAGGAAUAAGGCUGUCGAGCUUGCGGACGAGUAUCCUGGCUUCACAUGGACGUCGCUCGUGUGUGGGCAUUUCUUUGACUAUGGUAUCCGCGACGGUCUUCUACACACCGAUCUUGAAACCAACACGGCAGUAAUUCUCGACAAGGGCGACGUGCCAGCCUCAGCAUCCACCCUCCACCGCGUCGCCGAAGCACUAGUCGCCGUGCUCAAGCGCCCCGACACGACAAAGAACCGACUCCUCUACGUACAAAGCUUCUGCAAGACACAGCUCGAGGUGGUGUCCGCGCUGGAGAAGGCCACGGGCGCAGAGUGGAAGAAGGAGUUUGUAGACUCCAAGACGUUCCUGGAGAGGGAGGUGAACAAGCUUUCUGUUGAGUAUAGCAAGCAUGCGAUGGAGGAGAUCGUGUUUGUGCUGGGGGCGCUUGAUGCCGAGUGGCCCAAGAGAGGGGAUGCAUUUGCGAUGAAGGAGUUGGAGCUCGAGGAUGAGGACCUCGAUGAGGUUAUCCAGAAAGUUGUGGAUGACUGGAGGAGGGAAAAGGAGGAGAAGAAGUGA